CUCCUUCUAACUUGAGAGCAGGACAGAGCGCCAGUCACAAUCCGCCUGAGGCGAGGGAGGGCAAGGAACGAGAAGGAAACGAGCGCAGAGGGGUGAGACGAGCGCUCCGGUCUCACCGAGCAGUUUACACAAGUGUUGAUGAACGUGGGCUACAUGCGCGAAACAAGAGGGGAGUGUAGUGUACAGAGGAGGUGAACGCAUCACAAUCAAAGCCUCCUUCCUGAAGAGUCACAGCAUCGACAGGGUAGAGGAGUGAGGAAACUCAAAGUGAAACUCCGACAGAACUACAGUGCGCUGAUAGAAGCUUGGAUAAAGGAGAGGAGAUCCGACUUUUUCCUGCUCACAACCACUGGAAGAGAAAAAUGAAUGCCAACGAAGAGAACCUGCUCAAGUCAAUCAGCAACGACGCGCUCCUGGACCUGACGCAGCGCUACGGCCAGUCAGCCUUCGGUUUCGGAGCUGGCCAUGGUGCUGGAAGCCCCGGCCGCUUCCCGCUCACACCUGCAACCGACUUCCUUUCUGGCCAAACAGCAAAGUCCAACGAGAGCGGCGGGGAGCACACAAGUGACGACGAAGACGGUUUUGACUCGCUCGAGUCCCGGAAGAGGGGCUCCCCGUUUGGGGACGACAAGCCCGGGGGGCCCCUGGCCAAAAAGUCGAAGGAGCAGCGGUCUCUGCGGCUCAGCAUCAACGCCCGGGAGAGGAGGAGGAUGCACGAUCUGAACGACGCGCUGGACGGUCUGCGCGCCGUUAUCCCCUACGCCCACAGCCCCUCGGUGAGAAAACUCUCCAAAAUAGCCACUCUCCUCCUGGCCAAGAACUACAUCCUCAUGCAGGCGCAGGCGCUGGAGGAGAUGAGGCGGCUGGUGGCGUAUCUGAACCAGGGACAGACCAUAACCUCACCAAUCCCCACCGCCCUGGCGCCCUUUGGACAGGCUGCCGUCUACCCCUUCUCGGGCUCCACGCUCGCCACCUGUGCCGAAAAGUGUUCGACUUAUUCCGGAGCUCCGUCGACUCUCUUCAAACACUGUAACGACAAGCCUUGAUUUGUUUUAGUCACAUUUUUCUUUCCUGGACUUUUACAUUUACUGCACCCAACGUCGGUCUCUGUCCCACUCUAGUUAUUUUAAAAUUAUUCUGUGCAGAAAAAACCUACAAUUUCAUUCUAAUGCAUAUUUGUAAGAUAAGUAUUCGUUCUGCUAUGUUUCAUCCAGAAUUUAAAAAUGGAUAGGAAAAAUAAAAACAAGUCCAGGCCUCGUCCCUGUCUCUGUGGCUUGCCUGCUUUACACCACAGGCCGUGUCCAAAUUAGGAGUCUCAUUUUAGAAAGCUUCUGUUAUUAUUUGUAAUCUAUGCAAAAUACAAAUAAUUACCACAACACGUGACCUAACCGAAAGUUUCCCGACACAAAUCUGAUCUGAUGUUCAAUUUUUAUGACACGUUUGCUUUCAUUUCCAGUUCUUGCACAUCUCAUGAUUGUAUUGUACAACUUUGGAGAAUCUCGUGCUUUUAUCCCGGUUAUUACUAAUACUAAUAGCUACAUAAUUGCAGCCUAUAAAUUGAUUCUGGUUGUGUUAAAACAUGGAUUUCAUAUAUCGUUUAUAUGUCUUUAUAAUAAUAAAUAAUAAUAAUAAUAAAUAUCUA